GGUAGAGCAGGACAUUACGUCACGUGAUGUUUUGAUUUGUCACGUGAUUGUCAUGGUAAAUAUAGAACCGGAACCGCGUCUGCCAAACUCCGGCGGUAAACAACAAACAUGGCAGACGACAAGUAUUCUAAACGUGUUCGUGGAAAGAUGGCUAGUAAAGGAAGAAGUAAAAAGGCGGACCGUAUGAGAAAUAUGAAUAGAGAGGAAACAGUACGAGGUGAAGACCAUGCUUACGGCGCUGUUUUUGUAGAAGGACCUAUUGUAAAUGCAACUGAUUUGGAAGUUGGGGAAAAUGUUGAACUGGGAUCCUCCAAACCUUGGUUCCAAGGAAGACGGGUUGUUGAGCUAGAUGUGCUGGCCAGGUCCAUGAACUGUGAGAAAUGCAGUUCGUGGCUCCGAUUAUCUGACAUACAAGAUGAGGUGAUUUAUGGGAUGGCUAGUUUUUUAUAUAUCUCGUGUCCAAGCAGUGCUUGUCAACACAUCAGUCUGGUACCAACGGGGAAGAAGAGCAACGGCAAAGGCUUUGAUAUCAACUACAAAGUUUGUUUAGCCAUGAUUAAUGCAGGUAUGGGACCCAGUCAUGUGAACAAUUUCCUGACAGGAUGCAACAUUCCUCCAGUAGAUGCCUCUACAUUACGUAAAAAACAGAAGGAACUAGCCCCAGUUAUCAUUGAAGCAGCAGAAGCAUCAUGUAAAGAAGCACAGAGAGAGGAGUUGGAAUGUUCAGAGUCCAGUGAGUUAGAGGGAAGCUUCGAUGCUGGAUGGCAGAAGAGAGGUUUUGGUUGGUCUUACAAUAGUCACACAGGUCAUGCAAGUCUUAUUGGAGUCAAUACUGGGAAAGUUGUAGAAUUUGACGUCAGAACCAGAAGUUGUAGUAUUUGCCAAUAUCACAUAGGAAAAAAUGAACCAAAGCCACCACAUGAGUGUAAUGUUAACUGGACAGGAUCAAGCAAAGGUAUGGAGCCAGACAUGGCAUGUUCAAUGAUCCAAAGGCUUGCUGAGGAUGGAUAUACGGUUGGGACUUUACAUGCGGAUAAUGAUGCUACAACCCAAUCAAGACUGCCUCGUUCAAUUAUUAAAAAAGAUGACAAAACACAUGUGAAGAAAAAUCUGUCCAAACGUCUAUAUGGUCUGUCAAAAAACUACAAACAGUUAAAAUCAGCAAAAGUCAUUCCCUACAUAGUGAGGUGUUUUAUGUAUACUAUUUCUAAACACCAAAAUAGUAAACAAUCAAUGAAGACAGAACUCGCCACUAUAGUGCCACAUAUUUUUGGACACCAUGAACAGUGCAGUCCAACUUGGUGUACAUAUGUUAAAGAUCCAACUAAAUUUAGAUUCAAACAUUUACCCAAUGGGAAAGCCCUUUCUGGAGACAAGCUGAGGGAAGAGCUGGACAAGUUGGCACAAAGUUAUAUUGAAAGAGCAGAUAGGCUGUUAAAUCUAGGGUCAACACAGUCAAACGAAAGUUUCAACAACAGUGUUGCUAGUUUUGCCCCAAAAAACAGGUUUUAUGGAGGUACUAAAUCAUUAAAAGCUAGGGUGUCUUCAGCUGUGAUGCAAAAGAAUGAAGGCUAUGGUUGGUUAAGCAAGGUGAAUAAGAAGUCUCUACUCUCCUGGACAUUUGACCAUACUUCAUGGAAUUCGAAAGGAUCGAAGGCGUAAACUGAUUAGGAAAACACAGUCAACUACUAAUUUCAAAAGAAAAAGACUCACAAUAAAGUCCAAGAAAUUGAAAGAUAAUCAGCGAGAAUCAGUAAAAGAGGGAGACACCUAUGGAAUGUAUGGAGGAGAAAUAGAAGUGCAAGAACAUAUUGACACAGAAACUGUUCCAUCGAAGAUGA